AUGGCCAUCCACAAGAUCCUUUCAUCACUUGUUGCCUUGACCCUUGUUGGGAAUGGCCUCAGUGUUCCUACUUACACGGACAUAACGCUCAAGCCGCUCACUCGAGAUGAACCUAUCGACGCCACUCUGUUGGAGAAGCGAGUCCAAGAAAUCAUUAUUGGCUAUAGACGCGUUGAUCCGGCCGAAGCCGAGAUAUACAAGAAUGCAGGAAACACACUUACGCCUUCGGCUGGCAAAGGUGGCCUGCAACUUGGACAAGGAGUUUAUACCUCUGACGAACUGGGUGCAUGGGAGGGCGACAAAAACAAACCUUCAAAGAACUGUGUUAUCCUCGCGAAUGCUGAGACCUUUGAAAAGGUAUCGAAAGCCUGGAUUCCUCGGCCAAGCUGGUGGAGUGCUCCGUUGAACAUGCGCCCUGAAAAGUAUCUCAAGGGGCUGUCAUUGGAUCCCGCCAAGACGAUCCGAUUGGGUAUCGUCGAUGUCAAAGGCAAAGAGACGCUUCAAAUGAUGAUCCCCAAUGAGUUGCUCAACGACAAAGGUGGAGGCUUGGAUCUCGUGGUCAACUGUGAGGACCCAGAGAAGAAUCUGGAGCUGCCCACGCACAAAGUUGACUACAGCGAGUGGGCCAAUGUUGUGGGAGAGAAAUAUGCUCCGGCUGAGUUGGAGGUUCAGAAGCUCCAAGAGCCGGCGGACCAGCUCCUCAAGGACUCGGACGCUGCUCGUGUCGAGGCCGAGAGCGCUGCCUCUGUCAAAGACGUGGAAGCUGCCAGCGCCAAAGCCGACACUGCCUUGAAAGCUCUGCAAGAUAUUGCUCAGCAGAUGGUUGAAUACGUAAUCAAAAACAACGAUUGGAUGUACGUUGAGAACAACUUGAAGCCUUUUAGCUUCUACAACCAGGCACGAGCCAAUCUCCUGUCGACUGCUUUGAAAGUGGACGAAAAGACGGUCGAGGACUACAAAGUCAAAUUCGACGAGGCCGUGAAGGAACCAAUUACUGGCAACGAGGCCGUUACCGAGGCGGAAAAGCUUUCAGCCAAUAUCAAGCAAGUGGUUGAAAAGGUGCAAAAGGAUCUGGAAACCAAGACGGCUUUGAAGGACAAGGGGGACAGCACCCCGCCUCUUGAGCUCGGAAAGCUUGCCCGCCAAGAUGUGACUGAGCUCAAGAAACUCGAGGCAAAGGUGCUAGAGUCGGAAGUUUCGGCCACGGAACAGAGUUUGAGCAAGUUGUCGGAAAUUCAGAAGCAGGUGGAGGCACAGCUGGCAAAUCUGCCGACCCCUCCCGAGACAGACCCCAAUGACAAGGACAAGGAGGACAAGGGCGACAAGGAUAAGGACAAGGAGGAUAAGGAUAAGACCAAGGAGACGGACAGUGGCAACAAGGAACCAGAGAAGGGACAAGAGGGUGACAAGGAAAAGGAAACCGGCAAGGAGACUGACAAGGAAAAGGAAACUGGCAAGGAGACUGACAAGGAAAAGGAAACUGGCAAGGAGACUGACAAGGAAAAAGAAACUGGCAGCAAAGACCCUGGCAGCAAGGACCCUGGCAGCAACCCGAGCGAGCAAAGCACAGAGGAGAGUAAAAAGGCCAUCGAGGAACGCACAAAGGUUGCCCAAGAUGUGGAAAAGAGCAGCGGCAGCAGCAGCUGGGUAGGCAAAGCCCUGGGCGGCGUCGCCGCGACCGCCACAACCCUGAUUGGCGCUGGUGGCCUGUACCUUGCCGCCGUAGGCACCGCCGCGGGCGCUGGAGGUGCCGCGGGUGCCGGAGCAGGUGGCGCGCUGCUGACGGGCUCCGUUGCCGUUGGUGAGUUGACCCUUUCCGGCGCGUCCGUCUCCCUCGAAGUGUCCUCGGCCGAGGUGGCCGAGGUGCUGCAGGAGGUGGUGCCCGAGUACGCGGAAAAGGCCCUCAAUACCGUCUCCAAGCUGCGCCCGGCCAAGCUGCCCAAGACGCCCGUCAGGAUCCCGGUGCUGGCGCGCAAACGCCAGGAGGCAGGCGGCGGCGACGGCGAUGAGUCGCCGGAGCUGAAGCGCUGGAGGGUCGCGGCGGUGGCGCUGCUUGCGAACCAGGCCAUCAAGGAUUCGCUUCUGGAGGCGUUUAACCAGGCCCAAAAGGAGAUUGCAAGCAAGUAG